AUAAUGGGAAUAAAACAAACUGGUCCUGGUUAGACCACCAUGUUGUUGAUCGGUUUUGUUGAUUCGUGUUUUACUCCUGCUGCUUUUGUAAAUAGUUACACUAUCAAUCCAAUAAAUCAUCACCAGUUUGUUAACCUUCCUCAGGAUGCUGUCGUACAUGUAACGAAUCUUUAAUAAUAUAGUAAUAACGUGAAAGGGGAUGAGAACGCUUAACAAUCGUGCGUAAACAAAUAAAUGCAAACACGUGAUUUCUUGAGAAUGUUUUUGUUUUUGUUUUUUUUGCAGAUACGUGCAUUAUCAACAAGUCUGGCCGUCAAAACACUUGUUAUGUAGAUGUGUAUAAUAAGACUGAAAAGCCGCUUAGCCCUGAUUCGCUUUGGAUAAAGUGCUCCUGAUCCAUUUUGUAACGCCGGGGCCCUCUGUUGGAAAGCCGGGAAAGCGAUGUGGGAACAGGACGGAAGCCCAACCCCCUCUCCCACAGUAAGCUCCGGAUUUAACAUGGCUUCUGGCUGCGAUCGGGCGUCCACAGAGCAAACCUGAAUGCAUUUCCUUCUCACCUGCGCUUUUUCUUCUGCUUUCUAAGAGAGCCUGAAAAGGACUAGAAAAAGUGGGAAGCAGCCAGGCAAGUUGCCAGCAUGCUAUGAAAUUGUGACUUUGUCCUUGAAGAAGAAGAUGGCUGCAGAGCUCUACCCUGCCAGCAUAAACACCAACCUACCGAACAGUAACAGCACGGCGGUGACACCUGCCAACAAAAAGAGUAUCGUCCAAGUGUCCCAGACAGCGACCACUCUGACCGCCACCGCCGCACAGCAGAACCUCAACAACAACAACGUCGAGACUGCCAGCUGGCAAUCCACUCAUCCCACACUCCGAGAGAGGAACGCUCUGAUGUUUAAUAACGAACUCAUGGCAGAUGUUUAUUUCAUUGUGGGUCGCCCCGGCGAGUCCCAGAAAGUGCCUGCGCACAAGUAUGUCCUGGCAGUGGGGAGUUCUGUGUUUGGUGCCAUGUUUUAUGGGGAUCUCGCUGAGGGCAAAUCUGAGAUUCAUAUUCCCGAUGUGGAGCCUGCUGCUUUUUUAAUCCUGCUGAAAUACCUGUAUAGUGAUGAGAUUGAACUGGAGGCAGACACCGUGCUGGCCACUCUGUAUGCUGCCAAGAAGUAUAUUGUGCCUGCCCUGGCCAAGGCCUGCGUCAACUUUUUGGAGACCAGCCUGGAGGCCAAGAAUGCCUGCGUACUGCUGUCUCAGAGCCGGCUUUUUGAGGAGCCUGAGCUCACACAGCGCUGCUGGGAAGUCAUUGAUGCCCAGGCCGAGCUGGCUCUCCGCUCUGAAGGCUUCUGUGAAAUUGACCUGCAGACCCUGGAGAUCAUUCUGAAGCGGGAGACGCUCAACACCAGGGAGGCUGUGGUCUUCCAGGCUGUCCUGGAAUGGGCCGUGGCCGAGUGCAAAAGACAAGGACUUGGGCCGACAGCUCGAAACAAGAGGGCAGUGCUGGGCAAGGUCCUGUACUUGGUGCGCAUCCCCACUAUGACCCUGCAGGAGUUUGCAGAUGGAGCGGCGCAGUCAGAUGUGCUGACUCUGGAAGAGACUCAUGACAUUUUCCUGUGGUAUACGGCAGCCAAUAAGCCCAAGUUGGACUUUCCGUUGACGCAAAGGAAAGGGCUGACGCCGCAGCGCUGCCACCGGUUCCAGUCCUCAGCUUACCGCAGCAACCAGUGGCGCUACCGUGGACGUUGCGACAGCAUUCAGUUUGCUGUGGACAAGCGAAUCUUCAUCGCUGGGCUAGGCCUGUAUGGCUCCAGUGGCGGAAAGGCCGAGUACAGUGUUAAAAUUGAACUGAAGCGCCAAGGGGUCAUCCUGGCCCAGAAUCUGACUAAGUUUAUUUCAGAUGGUUCUAGCAAUACCUUCUCAGUGUGGUUCGAGCAUCCAGUUCAGGUGGAGCAAGAUGCUUUCUACACAGUCAGUGCGGUGUUGGAUGGUAAUGAGCUCAGCUACUUUGGACAAGAGGGAAUGACAGAAGUGCAGUGUGGGAAAGUGACCUUUCAGUUUCAGUGCUCUUCAGACAGUACGAAUGGCACUGGUGUGCAGGGGGGACAGAUCCCAGAGCUGGUCUUCUACGCAUGAAAGGUGUGAGCACAGCGACACUGAAGUGCAUUCCGCCCACUGUAUUUAGAUGCAAUGAACACAAGGGGGAGUACAGGGUCCCGAGACACUUUUGCCUUCUUUUCAGUGUAGCAGUGGAGGACAGUUAAACGGCAGCCUGUUUAUAAAACAGACUCUUCUCUGACAAAGCUUGAGUGAAAGAAUACUCCUCUGCUUUAUUUAUUGAGAAAAGUAUAUUUGAUUUAAUUAUUGAUGCUGCAGCAUGCAGACAUAUAAAUUAGAUAAAUAAAUAAAUCUAUAUAUUAACAAAGAAAUCGAUGUAUUGCACUCCUGGUGGCAUGUUACCACUAGUGUGUUUUUUUUUUUUUUUUUUUUUGUACAUAACCUGAAUUUAAUUUGUUUACAGCUUGAUGAAAUGUCUUGUAUUAGUGUGCAGCUUACUAAACUGCAGAUCAUAAAUUUUUGUGACUCAAACUGAAGAGUGG